AAUUGAGCUUAUUUGUUCUGUCUUUCGCCAUCUCCGCUCAUCCGCUAUACUAGAAGUAUAUCCAUAUUAGUCACAAAGUUGUCGAAUAUGCCACGCCUCUCCCCGGUUUCCUCGAAAGCCAUUCUUAGAUCUGUCUCGGAACAAGUCCCGAAAGUUGCAGGCUCGAUUGGAUCUUACAGAUAUCUAUCUACGACAGCGCCUGCACAGAAGAAUGUAACCCUGCUCCAAGAUAAGAAUAAUGGAUUCGGGUUCGCACGGUCCAACCCUAGACCGCCGAAGCCGAGGAGCAAGGGUGUCACUGAGAUCAGAGGGCCGUACUACACGGUUAUGGGCAAGAGAUACUUGGCCGAUGUGCUUGAAACAAUGGGGACCCAUGUGGAUGGUCUCAAGUUUGCAGGAGGCUCUUUUUCGCUGUUCCAGGAGAAGCCCUUGAGGGAACUGAUUGACCUGGCUCAUGAGCAUGGCGUUUAUGUCUCGACGGGUGGAUGGGCUGAGCACCUCCUCACUCAUCCUGACACAAAUGCCGUCUUUGACAAAUACCUCCAGAAGUGCAAGGACCUAGGUUUUGAUGUAAUUGAGCUUUCAUCCGGCUUCUUAUCAUUCCCCGAGGAUGACUGGCUUCGCCUCGUCGACAAAGUUCACUCAUACAAGUUAAAAGCGAAGCCCGAGCUGGGCAUUCAAUUCGGUGCAGGCGGUGACACCCCAGCCUCUGGUUUGGAGGCGAUUGGCACUUCAGACCCUGGAAAGCUGGUCAACCUGGGCCAUAAAUUCCUCAACGCUGGCGUUGAGCGCUUGAUGAUCGAGUCCGAGGGCAUCACGGAGAAUGUGGAGUCCUGGCGCACUGACGUGGUGUCCAAGAUCAUGAAGGAACUGCCGCCAGAGCGUGUUAUGUUUGAGGCUGCAGAUCCGAAGGUUUACAAUUGGUAUAUCCGGGAGUUCGGUAUUGAUGUCAACCUUUUCGUCGACCAUAGUCAGAUUGUGCAGCUGUCGUGCUUGCGACAUGGUAUUUGGGGUACGGCUGAUACAUGGGGGAAGAUUGUCUCCUUUCGCCCUGAGUAGAUAGUCUGUUUUUGCAAGUAAUGGAGCGCAUAAUCUAGCUAGGUACUAGUAAUUUUUUUUUUAACUCAAUAUACAAAGGUGUAG